AUGCUCUGGAACUGGACGACCGUCGACGCAUGCUUCCUGUCCCGUACCUGGCACAUCACCUCAAAAGGCAUGUUCGCCGGCACCUGCAUCGGGGUAAUCAGCCUAGUGCUCUGCCUGGAGUUCCUGCGGCGGGUGGGCCGCGAAUAUGAGGCCUUCAUCGUCCAGCGAGCCCGACGACGAUACCAGUUCCUGUCUUGCCGGGCAUCGGAGACGUCCCUCGCAGGACCAUCUGCUGCUACUACUGCUGCUGCUGGACAUGCUUCCACGACCUUCAACCCAAAAGCCCCCGCGGCCCCGGCUACCCUGUGCAACGACAUCAACAACGAUACCACGGCCACACAUCCACCGCCGCCGUUUCGCCCAAGCCUGAUCGAGCAGCUCGUUCGGGCUACAUUGCAUAUGCUCCAGUUUGCGGUGGCGUACUUCGUUAUGUUGCUGGCGAUGUAUUUCAAUGGGUAUAUUAUUAUCUGUAUUUUCAUUGGGGCGUUUUUGGGGGCGUUUAUCUUCUCGUGGGAGACGAUUGGGGAGGGGCCUCGGGCAGGGAAUGACGCUACUGCCGUGACGAAAUGCUGUGGCUAG